AUCGAAAGAUCUUCAGAGUUUAUACAAGUGCGCCCCAAGUCUAAAGGACACGCACCGCCACCCCAGUUCCAGUGCAUCCGCUCUAUCACGGCACAGUGGAACUCCGAAGACAUCAAACGAAGCCCAACGUCACCAGCGAACGUAUCCCAUCCGGCCGGAUUAAAGGAUAUCAUAUGCGGAAGCCCCAAUCUGCAGACUUUCAAGCUCCUCGCACAUCAGCCUUCGCAAGACUAUUGGGAUUUCAGUCCGCGCUACAUUGAUGGGAUGGUUCAUCUCAAGGAAGGUGACAUGCUGCCAAGAUUAGAGCACCUCCACCUUUACAAAAUAGCAUUUUGCCCUAGUCAAAGUGCACUGUGGUCGGCUAACCUCCAGUGGGAAUUGCUAAAGUCCUUAUCGUUGGUGAAUGUUGAUUGGACGCACCUACUCCCGAAGAUCACAGGUCGUCUUGACAACCUCGAGUCACUUGAGAUGGCAAUGUGCGACUGUUCUCCUCACUCAUGGUAUCACAACUUGCCACAAUUAGCUUCUGCCCAUGAAUAUAAGAAUCGUGCGCGCCCGUUACAGUCCUUUUUGGGGGCUCUGCCUCCGCUAAGGAAGUUCAUUGGCUAUGACCUUCCCCAAGAAACAAUAUCGGUUUUGACAAAGCACCAUGGAAACUCCCUGCAGCACCUGAGAUUCCGGAGCCCUGGUAGAAUGCACCUGGAUGUGCAAAACCCCCACAAUGCUUUUCCGCCGAGCAUUGCGAACUUGGAUGACUUGCCCACCCGGUUUCCGCACCUGCGGUCUCUAGGGUUGGACAUUGAUUGGGAGGACACGAAGCACAUGGCGGACGAUAUCAUUGCGCCAUUUCGUCAAUUCAGCCAUCUGUGGCAUCUAGAGAUAAAUCUCCCGGACAUUAGCCAUGAGUGCAAACUAUGGCGUUGCUACCAACUCAGCGAUUAUGAAUGCAAGAUGAUUAUUCAGUCAAUCCAUUCGAGUGUCCCCGGAAUUAUCUCUAUCCACCUCAAACUGGGAGAAUGGGAGGUAUUCAAGCAUUCCCCACGUCAUAGGAUUCCAGAUGAGAGACCAAUGUAUAUUGGUGAAGUUGGUAGCUCUGGCUAUGUUCGCGUUAACAAGAUCUUGUCUCCGGCACAUGAGAGCGGCCCUUUUCGACCCCGCAUUCAAUCCGGCGAUUUAUAUCGAAGUGGUUUAGCAUCAAGGGCAAUCAAAGCUCCGGGACUCAUGGAUGAUGAUCGAUCAUCAGUUUUGGGGUAUGAUAUGGGCUGGGGGAUCAUUCCAUGAUGUGCUCGAACACUACCCCACAGUUUAUUUAGAUUCCUU